AUGGACCCAGAGCAGGCCGAGGGUGUGACCACGAGAUCUGCCGCAGCGAAAGCCAAGGCCAGGGCUGAGGCCACGAUAGGCCCAGCUAUCAAGGAUGAAGACGUCGACUGGACUGAGAUCCAGCUGGACAAGACCCAGAUGUUGACAGCGACGAACUAUCGCACCUGGAAGGUCACAGUAGCCAGCAUGAUGGAUCUGGCUGGCAUCCCACAAGCCGAGGAUGCAGUCCUCACGCCUAAGGCUGAUCAGCGCCUGGGUGUGAGGCUCAGGAAGACAAUCUCAACGGAUAUCCUGAAGCGAUUCGCCAACAUCACCUCUGGCAUGGAGCUUUGGCAGGCCUUGCUGGACACGUACGGCACUACAGGCCCUGCUAGCCAGAUGUCCUGGUUCUGCGAGCUGAUGAACCUGAAGCUCAAAAACGACCCUAUUGAGUAUUGCUCAAAGUUCAGGAGCCUCGUUGCCGAUAUCCACGGAGCGAAUGUGCCGUUUGCAGGCACCCUUGCAUGCUUGAUGUUUGUACAAGGCGUCUCCCAAGCCCGCCCUGAGUGGGCAGCACGCGCCAGAACGACCCUCAGGACGACCCCCUCUACCCCCCUAUCAGAUCUAAUUAGCGACCUCACCGACGAGUUCGUGGUACAAGAGGCUGGAAAGGGCGGAAGCAAGGAGGGGAAGAAGGCGAUGAACUCUACCUCAGGCUCGAAGACACGAGACAGCUGGAAGAAGGAUCGAUGGUAA